AUGAUCUCAACAUUUCGAUGUGGGGUCCUCCUUCUUUCUUUGGCACUUCCUUGUCUUGUCAUCGUCACAUUCUCCGCGCCGUUCUGGUAUGAUGUCGGUUUCAUGACAGCGUCAUCCGGGGGCUCGAAGUACGUGUUUGGCACAUUGGGGUAUUGUCUAAUCGAACCAGGGGCUCAUGGUUGUUCGAAAGCUAAAGUUGGCUAUGACAUCAGCAUCAUAUCCGUCAUCGACGCCGAUCAUCCGAGCGCCGAGAUCUACAGCUCGCUAAACACCCUCACAAAGAUCCUCGUUCUCUUUCCCAUCACGGCUGGUCUUGUCUUGCUUGCUUUCAUUGUUGCCAUCCCGUCUCGUCACAUUGGAUAUGGGACCUCUGCCUUGAUCGCGACGAUUGCGUGCGUCUCAAUACUCUCCGCACUUGUUUUGGAGCUCGUUUUGUUUGGGAUUGUCCAGCGUCACGGGAACGGUUCACGUAAUUACCACACAAACUGGGGCCCUUCAACUUGGCUGACCAUUGCAGCGUUCGUGGCAGUAUUCAUCGGUACAAUCCUAAUGCACUAUGGAUGGAUUGUCGAGCGGCGCAAACGCCGUCGGAGUUACAUGUUCUAGCUUCUCCCGGAGCAUAAUCAUGUCUCCGCUCGGUUCCUCCUUUCCGGGAACAGCAUCCCUAUCUUCUUUUGGUUUUGUUUCUGGUUGUCGCAUGCGGGUAACUAGGUUGUGCUGUUACCUAUCGCCUCCUUCACUUUCACCCCUGCUUUCGAAUUCGUUAUUAUUAUUUUUUCGCGAUUCACGAAGGUAUUGCAAUAUCCCCAAACUCAUCAACUUUGGACAACACCCAGUCUAGUUGAUCCCAUCAUUGAUGACACCGAUAAGGUGCGCGUCAUUUUGCACACUCCCCUCAUUGGUCCAAGUACAGGGGAUCCAUUCGUUCCCUAAAAUUCAUUUUACGGAAAAUUCACGUCUGGAAUUCGGUUGGCGCUACUUGUUUUGGAAACUUCAGCUCACGUCGGGGUUGGAGAUGUGACCCUGUCUGACAUUGUUACGAUCACCCUUUGUACAAUGGCAAAAAUGUGAUGAUUUUGCUCAUCGAUAACGAG